AUGCAGGUUAAUAUUUGUGCCCAUGCAACAUUAGCAGCAGCACACACACUAUUUUCAUCUGGUUUGGUUGAUUGCAAUAAUGUCAUUGAAUUUGUUACACACUCUGGAAUAUUAAGUGCCAAAAGGAUCCAAGCCACGUUGCAAAAUAGUUCAAAGAAAGACAAUGGAUUUUAUAUUGAAUUGGAUUUUCCUGCUUACCCUAUUACAGAGCCAAACCUUGAUGAGACUUCACAGAUUUAUGAAGCAUUGAAUUAUUGUGCCUCCAUAAUUGAUAUAAAGAGGACACAAAUUACUGAAGACUUACUUGUUGUAGUAUCAUCAGGAGAAGCUGUAAGAAAAGUUGAACCUAAAUUCGAUGCAAUAUCCAAAAUUCCUGGAAGGGGAGUAAUUGUUUCAGGGAUUGCUCCUCCAAGUUCCGGAUUCGAUUUUUACAGUCGAUUUUUCUGUCCAAAAGAUGGAGUCAAUGAGGAUCCUGUAUGUGGAACUGCACAUUGUGGGUUGGCAUCAUAUUGGAGCAAGAAGCUAGGCAAGUGUGAUUUCAAUGCUUAUCAGGCAUCAGAAAGAGGAGGAAUUCUCAACAUUCAUAUUGAUGCCAAGAAUCAAAGAGUGCUUUUGCGUGGAAAAGCUGUCACUGUUAUGGAAGGCUGUCUUCUUGUCUAGUCUUGUUCCUACUUCCUAGCUGCAACUGCUUCAUGUUUUGUAUCAAUAUAUAUAUCCAUGAAAAAAUGGUUACAAUUAAUUUUAAAUUAGGUUUAGAAUUUUAUUUAUCAUUUUAUUAUGGUUGAGUUGUCUCUUUAUGACUUUAAGGUCACAGGUUCUAGUUACUUAUGUAAUUAUCAAGUUAAGCUGCGUAUAUUACAUUUCUUGGAUGCGGUCCUUUCUCGAAUCCUAUUUU